AUCUUGUUGAAAAAUACGUUCUUUUGUCUUUUUAAAUAAAUUAAUUUUAAAAAUUUGGUGGGGUCGUGGUUAAUGUGGUUGUCUCUUUUUUUAAAGCCGCAAACUUACUAAAUAUACACUUAGUCAUACAUUGCUUUAUAAAUAAGUUAUUACUUAUAAUUAUGGAGGCGUGUUAAGUUUCAUAUGUUAGUAGAAAAUUGAAAUUUGCUACGUUUACCGCAGAUCAGGAUUGAAAAUGAAUGAAAAGUGCCCACUAUUACUCAAAACCUGAAACAAUAAAAUGGAAAGUACAAAAUUAAAAAUAUUGAUAUAUACUGAUCUAAAAUUUAUUUACAUAAUAAUUUGUAAUAUGUAAAUUUAGAUUAAAUCAGCCCAUAAUCAUAGACUAUUUUCAUAUAUGUACAUAUGUACAUAUAUUUUUUUAUUUUUAUUUUUUUUUUUGAUUACUGAAACAACACCAAAAAUUUCGCAUCAAACAUCUGGUACACAUUUUUGACUUGUGUAGAAUCCCAAACUGGUUUACUCUUGCCUUCUUAUCUCUUCGCGCAAAAAAUUGAAGCAAAAAGCUAAACCCUGGCAUAUAAAUCCUUAGUUUACGGUCAUACAGUCACGGCCUCGACAAGAGAUAUUUGCUGCAGAAAUAUUUUCAAUAUGAUCAAAAAGUUAAAGUAAAAAUGCCGCACUGUCACGAUCACAAAAAAGUACCUCCUAAUGUAUAUGUGUAAGUGCGAAAUGAUGAGUAUCAAGAAUUCGUCCUAAGAUGAAUAAAAAUUCCUUACGUUGCACAACUACUUUUUGCAUACGAUACUUGAAGAGCACUUCGAGUUCGUUGCACUACAUGUUUUAGAUUGUGUAUAUAUGCGUACACACUAAUCGCUUAUCUCCAAUUAAAAACAAGUAAAAAAGUUGUAAGACUUUGGAAGCUUAUAUGCCAAGCAUAUGGAGGGAAAACGCGUAUGCUCUUUAUUUUUAAUAAAUGAUCUACAAAGGGAUUAAUCUUACAUUAAAUGUCAUCGAUUGAGACUUGAAGAUUUUAUAUAUAUGUAAAUGCCAUUUUAAUGCAUUUCGAAAUUAGAUAUCGCUACUUUUAAAACCCGAGCACUGAAGGAGGUCGAGAAUUUAAGAUGGCGUCGUAACUAAAAAUUUUGUAAACUUAAAUAUGUAGCUUAUCUUUGAACUCCAGUCUGCGCGGCUUGAUUGUCCUUUUGCUAAGGCAUUGACAGCCCAUCUGGCAUCGUCGUGGAUGGUGACAUGACUCGUUACCGCUUUCAUGCAAAAGCGGAAAAAUAAUCGUUAAAUAAAAAAGAGGAAUAAAUAAUUGGCUGUUCUGUUCUGUUGCUCGCAUUUAGAAUUUUUGAUUAAAAUAAAAUAGAAAAAUGCAUAAUACCACCCAAAGACCAUCGGCAAAUAUAAACAUCGUAAACUCUCUUGACUUAAUCAAUGCGGUCCGUAAACAUGAAAUCCUGUACAACCGAGCAGCAAACGGAUACACCAAUAUCAAACUAAGAGAACAUGGAUGGGAAAAGGUUGCUCUGGAGUUGUUUCCACACUACAUAAAUUGUAGUGAUUAUCUACGAGACCAAAUACGUAUGUGCGUCCGACAGCGUUGGAAAAAACUUCGAGAUGAUGUUACUUGCAAAAUACGAAAUAUAAAAAGUGUAGAAAAUUAUACGCGAAAAAAAGAGGGCACUCUCUUGGCACAGCUUGAAUUUUUAAUACCUUUCAUCAAUUCGCCGAGUUGUACGAGAUUGGCCCAAGAAUUAGGCUUGCAAAAAAAUACUUCCAAUCCCAAUGUACUCCUAGAUGAUGAUGAUGAAAAUGAAUUUGAAAACUGCAUCGAUUUAACAUCCGAUGAUAAUCAUUUUGAUAAUAACCUUAGCAUAACGGAGGCCACUCAGAGAAUAGAUUUCGAAGUUGAUAAUACCCAUUUAAAUGAAGUGACGUCUUCAGCGCCUGAAUAUCAAAAUGAAAUGCAGCAAACCGACGAAAAUGAUUCGAAUAUUCCAGAAGAAUGUGAAUUUCUUAGUUCUAGCCCGCGUAGUUGUAAGGUCACUGAUGAAAAUUUAGAGCCCUAUAAUGAGGGUAACGAUGAUAAUGAAACUAAUAAUCCUGAUAAUGAAAAUAGCAGCAAUUCUCGAAAACGUUCGAACUUUGAAAACGAUAAUACUGGCAAUUAUGACACCGAUGUACAAAGUCAAAUAUUAACAUAUUUAAGUAAUAUCGAAAAACGACAACGUUUGGAGUCACAAAACGAUUAUUACAAUCAAGACGAAGAUCGAAUGUUUCUAUUAUCUUUAGUUUCUGAUCUAAAAAGAGUGCCAGCAGCCUCCAAAAUGCUUGUCAAAGCUGAAAUAACAGCGUCUAUAGCACGAGCGGUAGACCAACAAAAAAACGUAUUUUCAUAAAAAUUUUUCAAAACCAUAAAAUUGUUAAUUCCAAAAACAAGAAGCAUGUACGUGCAUGUACGUAGGACAGAGGGAAAGUAUUUUGUUUUGGGGCAGAAAAUAAAUGGCUGCAAUUUCAACCAGGUUUCUAAAAAUCCCAACGAUUUUUCUAUGCUUGUGGAAGUAACAUUAAUUUGAUUACGUUUAUUCGUCCAUUUGAUUCGCGUGGGUCUACGGGAAUAAAUAAAAAUAUUCUAUUUAGAAAAUAUUUGACAAAUCUGAUCUUGUGCAAGCGAUAUUUUCCACAAUAUAUAUAUGAAAGCGUACGUAACUCGUAAGAAGUAAAGAUUAUUAAAUUGUUGUUAAAACACCAUUACAUUUAUUUAAAAAAAAAAAAA